AUGUCUGACCUGGUUGAUUGUACGACCCAUGUUUAUCGUUUUCAGUACGUUUCUACCAAGACGAUGGCUGCUGAUAUGAGACUGAAUGAUUCUUGGCAUGUACACCCUAAUGCGGAGAAGACCAAGCGCGCUCUCGGUGCUAUGUAUUCUCUGGAUCCUAUUGUCACUGCUUCAGAACUUUAUGCAGCCUUCAUGAUUUGUCGUCUUCCUCCUGAUAUCUCUGGCAGGCUUUUUGCUGCUGGUACCUUAGGUCAAGUUCGUUUUCAACCGAAUGAUGUUGCUGACCUUCUUGAUGUCCUUGUUCCAGGUCAUGAUCAAGCUCCGAUGUAG